AUGGGAUUAAGGGGCCAAUUUGAAAAAGGUCUUUGGAAUGAAUUCAAUGCCUCCAGUCGCUCAAUCUCCCAGGGGAUUAUUGAGUACCUCGGAGCAGAAACUAAAGGUAUUGAUAGAGUCCUCGAGUCCGACCAAACGCAUGGAGAGAUUCAUCAUGCCUUAUCCAUGUGGGCCUCCGUAUCAAUGGUAACAGUGACGUUUGCACUAGGUACUGUUGGCGUAUCGGAUUUUGGUAUGACAUUUUGGGAUUCAACUCUGACAAUCAUAUUUUUCACAUUAUUGGGUGUCUUGCCUUGUGGUCUACUUGCGUUAUUUGGUCCCAAAUUUGGACUUCGAACUUUAGUUGCUUCAAGAUUCUGGUGUGGUCAUCUCGGAGUCCGACUUUUCGCAUUUAUUAAUUGCGUGUGUUGUAUUGGAUGGACUGUAGUCAAUACUAUAUCCGCAGCGCAGCUUCUCCAUUCUGUCAACAAUGGUGGACUGCCCGCGUGGGCAGCAGUCUUUGUGGUAGUUAGUGCUACGGUGAUUAUAUCGUUUCUUGGUUAUAGGGUAAUUCAUUUAUACGAAAAGUUCUCAUGGAUUCCGUCAUUUGCAGUUUUCCUAGUUCUAAUAGUUCAAUUAAGCAGAAGUGGCUCAUUUUCUGCCGGCACUAUGGCUACUGGACGAGCUGAAUCAGGACGUGUGUUAUCAUUUGGAGCAGUUAUAUUCGGCAAUGCAGCAGGGUGGGCCGUCUAUGUUGCUGAUUAUACCACCUACAUGCCUAAAAACACACCAUCUCUCAGAUUGUUUUUCUAUGUCUUCGGAGGAUUAAUGUUUCCUCUUGUAUUCACUAGUAUCUUAGGUGCUGCAUGUAUGGUUGCUUCGUUAAAUAAUGAGGUAUAUGCUGAACAGUAUGCUAAGAAUGGACCCGGUGGUUUGAUUUACGCAGUACUGGUUCCUGAUUCCUUAAAUGCAUUUGGGCAAUUUUGUGUCGUAUUACUAGGAUUGUCUCCUAUUGCUUGCAACUUGCCUAAUAUGUAUUCAGUCGCACUCUCCGCGCAAACAGUUUGGUCCCAAUUUGCUAGGGUUCCUAGAGCAGCAUGGACUAUUAUGGCAAAUGUCAUUGUAUUGGCACUUAGCAUACCCGGAUAUAGUCACUUUGACAGUGUGCUUUCCAACUUUAUGGAUCUAUUGUCUUACGAAAUUUCUAUAUAUCUCGGGGUUUUUCUCUCAGAGCAUUUCAUUUACAGGCAAGGAUUCAAGGGAUAUGAUGGAGAUAGCUACAACAUAAAGUCAAGAUUGCCUAUCGGGUUGGCAGCUAUUUUUGGAUGGGUGUGUGGUGUAGCUGGGGCUGUUGUUGGUAUGAAUGAAGUGUAUUGGGUGGGACCAAUUGCAAAGCUUAUUUCUGAUGAGGAGCCCGGUGAUCUUGGUAUUGUUCUGGCGUUCUCGUUUAGUCUCGUAGGUUUUACUUUGGCCAGAUAUUUUGAGAAGAAGCAUUUUGGUAAAUAG